UUGACCAAGAGUAAUUAAUACUCUCACUAAUGAAGCACAAGUAAAAAUAUAUAUAUUUUUUUUUAUUUUAUACUUGAUGAUAAAAUAAAAAAAAAAAAAAAAAAAACAAGUUCGUCAGGUAGCGAAGGACUUUGGCUAAUGACUUUGUUGUUUGGAAAUACCGGAUGUUUUUUUUAUUUAUAUAAGUGAAAGAUGACCUGAAUGUUCUAUCAAAGUUCAUUUUGACAUUAUCAAUAUCACUUCUUCAAAGAUUAUCAAAGGUGCCAGAACAAUUAUAAAUCUUGUUGACUAAAAAUAAAAAGAAUAAAUUAUUUACUCUACAAAUAAAUUAAUAAAAAUGAGUAAUAAAUAUUUGGCAAUUAACUUGAUAAUAUUUGCGAGUUUAUUUAUCACUGUGGAGUUGAGAAGUCCAAUAAUAAAAGAUGCAGAAGUGGCUUGUUAUUUUCAUCGAGCUGGUUACAAAAUUUGUAAAAGUUUAAAAACCAUGGUGAAGAUUGAAAAAGUUAAUUUUGAUCUUGAUGAUGAUCAAGAACUUGAUAUAGUUGACAAAAGUAUAUCAUCAAUAAAACCAGGUGCAUUUAAUAAUUUAAAUAUUACAAAAUUAAGUCUCAAAUUAACAGACGGUCAAUUAGAUUUAAAACCAGAUGGAUUUGUUGGAUUAUCAAAGUUGGAAUCAUUGGAAAUUAAUUCUGGAAUUGUAUCUUUAGAACCACGAAUAUUUGCCGGAUUGGAAUCACUACGUUCAUUGACAUUAACAAUCAAUGGAGCUCGACAAGAUUUUAAAAAAUCACUGCCAGAACUUGUGUUGUUGGAAAAUUUAACAAUAAUUAAUAGCAACAUGAUGAAUAUUAAUCUUCAAACAUUUUUUAAACUUUAUCCAGCAAUAAAUAAACUUGAUUUAUCAAGUAAUAAUAUCACAAAAAUUGGACAAGGUGCAUUUUCAACUUUAAAUUCAAUCACCAAUCUCAUUAUCAACAAUAAUAAAUUAACAACUCUUCAACAAUAUACAUUCACUGGACUAGUUCAACUUUCAAAUCUUGAACUAUCAUCUAAUCAAUUAAAAACAAUUGAAAAAAAUAUAUUCAAUGGAUUGUAUCAACUCACAAAAUUGGAUCUAAGUGAAAAUAAAAUUACUGAUAUUUCUUCCAACGCCUUCAAUGAAACAAGCAUCACACAUUUAUCAUUGGCAAAAAAUGAAUUAAAAAUAUUAAAACCAGAAUUUUUCUAUGGCCUGAAUAAAUUGAAAAUAAUUAAUUUAGAUUAUAAUCAUAUUACUUAUAUAAAUGAUAUGACUUUUUCUAAAAUAACACUCGAAAAAUUAAGUUUACGACACAAUAGUUUACAAACUAUUGACAGAGUUGUAUUUCGUGGACUUGUUACUGAUGUAAUUGACUUGUCAUUUAAUAGAAUCAAUGGAAUAACAAUGGAUGCAUUUAAAAAUACAACAUUAAAGUCAUUAAUAUUGUCAAAAGAUGUCUGGGGAUUUACUGGACCAGUCAAUAUAAUUGUCACAUAAUUUUUUUGUAUUUUUUUUAAUUAUCA